AUGCUUCGUACGAUCGCAGCUACUCGUUUGAUUACCACGCGUCUUGCACGUGCUUACACCACUGAACCUGCAGGCUUGUUGACUCGACUCAAGGACGAUCGCAAGACGUUUAUGCGCGCCAAGACACAACCUGAUUUAAAUGUGGUCAAGAAUAUCCUGAGUGAUUACACCUACUAUAUCAAGUCUCCCAAUGCCAAACCUGGUCAAAGCGAGGAAGCUGCCGUAUUGAGUGUGAUCCAAAAGUUGGUCAAGCGUCGUCAAGAUGCCAUCGGUCAAUACAAAGCAGGUGGUCGACCUGAAUUAGCAGAACAAGAACAAGCCGAGCUUGCUGUAUUGCAACGCUACCUUCCCGAACAAAUGUCCACUGAAGAGAUUGAAGCACAAGUCAAGAGUAUCAUUGAACAAGUGGGAGCUACGUCUAUUCGUGACAUGGGCAAGGUGAUGAAGGCAUGGACUCAUGAAGGUGCUGAUAAGAAAGCUGUCAGUGAUGCUGUCAAAAAGUUGCUUAGUAGUCAAUAA